GCUCUCCCCUCUGAACCGCGUGCGCGCACUUACAUAUAUCCGUCUCACUCUUCGCCGCGACUUUCGUCCAUCGUCGUCGCAUGGGAGUCCCUCGGCACUAUCGGAUCCCGUUAACGGCAGUCGCCGUCGAGACACCCGCUAUAACGUCUCUCGCAUCUCCGACACACACAUCAAACCGGUGUGUCCUUAUUUCCUCUUGUUCUUUCGCACCUUCUUCAUCGGCUACUGUUGCAAACAUCAACGACCCUUGCGAUCGACGAUCGACGACGCAAAAGAUCCUUCUCGACGAAUGAUUUUACACUUUGUGCUCGCUCGGGAAUAAUCGUUGUAACAUCGCGAAAAUAAUUGCGAUGACAUCGUCUUUCGAUUCGAUCGAGUUUCGAGGGUGAAAGAUUGGAAGGCUCCUUCCGGGUGUUUGUUCUCGUAUUUGAGGAAAGAAAUGAGAAAUUUCGAAGAGAACUCGUAUCGAGUAGACAUCAUGCGGUAAAGAUCAUUCAUAGAAACGGUGCGUCAACAACGACUUAUCCGCUUUUCAUCCGUUCGAAAUUACUUGGUCGGAUAUACCAAAGAAGCCGUCAAGUACGCGGAUGUUGGGUGCAGCGAGGAGAAAAAGAAAGUUUCCGUAAGUAGAAGGGAAAGACGAAAAAGUGAAUCAGGAUGAUGGAAGUGCAGCAGCAACAUUCGCCUGUUGGGGUCGGUCCGUUGGAUUUUUCGCGAAGAGGGGUAGCCGAGACGUCGGCCUUCCGGGUCGUCAAACCGAAACAACCGACCUCAUCGCUCGUGCAUCAGCAGGCUGUGUCGUCGCCGGAAACGAAUAACAAUGAGAAUCUUCAGGAGAAUUCACAGGUUUCCCUCGAAUCCGAAGGAGGAUGCAACGUCCGUUUAAUGUUCCCAAGACUGUGGGCACCAUUUGGAAACGCAACCGAGGUUACGAAUCUUCCACCCCUACCGAAAAGUCACUCAGAACGGCUGUCGUUCGGUGUUGGUCGUUUGGUUGGUUCACCGGCGACAACAAGUCCCUCGCCAUCGCAUUCGCCGUGCCCGGAAUCACCGGCGCACGAUCGUCGGGACUGCACCGAGGUGGACGUGGACGUCGAAGAGGAAGAGGUCGACGUGGAUGUCGAAGAGGUCGGCGAGGAGGACGAUCGCGACGCAGCAUCGAGUCCGCAUCGUUCUUCCUCGACGCCAUCGCCUACCGGUACGAUUGCCUCAGCGACGUCCCACUCGCAUCCACCGAAAAGAUCGGGCGACACGUUCAGCGUGUCGGCACUCCUCAGGCCCGAUCCACCGUCGGCUCACCUUCAAAACGCCUCUCCUCAUCGAGACGCAGCCUCGAUCGGUGCUCAUCCGGCAACACCGGGCUCCUCCAUCCUCUAUCCACCUCUCCAUCUUCAGGGCGGACUUUUACCGCCUCAUCCUCACCAUCCUCUCUCGUAUCUCCAUCCUCAGUUGUUGCCCCAUCAUCUUUUGCCGCCUCACUUGCACCCGCUCCUACGCGGGGUUCAUCCUGGACACCCGGCUCUACACUCGACUCACACGGCUCACGGGCUACAUCAUCCCCAUCCGCUCGCAGACGUCUACAGCUGCGUCAAGUGCGACAAGAUGUUCAGCACGCCUCACGGCCUCGAGGUGCACGCGAGGAGAUCUCACAACGGGAAGAGGCCGUUCGCUUGCGAGCUCUGCAACAAAACCUUCGGCCACGAGAUAAGUUUGACGCAGCAUAGGGCGGUACACUCCGCGGAGAAGGUCUUUGAGUGUAAGCAGUGCGGAAAAGCGUUCAAACGAUCCAGCACCCUGAGCACGCACCUGUUAAUACACUCCGAUACCAGGCCCUACCCGUGUCAGUUUUGCGGAAAACGUUUUCAUCAGAAGAGCGACAUGAAGAAGCACACAUACAUUCACACAGGUGAAAAGCCGCACAAGUGUCAGGUAUGUGGCAAGGCGUUCUCGCAGAGUAGCAAUUUGAUAACGCACUCGAGGAAGCACACGGGAUUCAAGCCGUUCGCAUGCGAGCUGUGCGGACGAGCUUUCCAAAGGAAGGUCGACCUGAGGAGGCACCGCGAGACUCAGCACGCCGAUCUUGGCACGUCGCAUCGGCCGGCUAUGGCCGCGAUUCCACCUCAAAAUACUUUGCCAACCGGAAAUCCGUCGAUAAUGCAAUGAAAAGCGUAGCCGUUCUAGCGAGAGAAUUCUCAGCGAUCGGGAAACGUACGAGGACGUACGUAAAUAUCGAUAGCGAAAACGAUCGACUUCGGAAACGACUGCUAGACGACUAAUUGCCGGAAGAGUGCAAUCGAAGGACGGAGGAUCCGUAGGAGGAUAAGGGAACAAAAAGUUGUUUUUGAUUUCGAUGCGUAUAUUUGCUCCGCUGAUGUUAUCGAGAAGAUACGGCCGCUAUCGCGAGCCGCGUAAAGAUUCGUUGGCUCGCGAUGGGACGAUCGUUAAGAUAAUCGUUGAGAGAUGAUCGUUAGAGAGCAAGGUCCGCGUAACAUUGCACAAUCGAAAUCAAAUCCUUCGCUUCCGUCUCGAGGGAAUAUUAAAUAAAUUUUAUUUCGAUCGGCCAUUACCUUAUCGCGCGAUCGAUCGUCGAUCCUCAUCUUACUUCUCUUCUCGCUUUUUCCUAGAUAUUCGCGUGGUAUCGAAUCGAACGAUCGAAACGGAUCUGAUAUCGGCCGACGAGAGUCGACAUUCCUUCGAAAUGGUAGUAUCGAGCAUCGCGAGACGAAUGGACAUAAAAGAAAAUAAAAAAAAAAAACGAGAAAAGAAAGAGGAAAGAAAGAGAAAAGUGUAAAAUAACGUUGUUCUUAUAAAUUAUCUGUUGUUUUAAUACCUCAUGCGAGGUGGGGGUUAAAAACGUAAGUACGUAGGCGCAUUUUAACGCAUACGUUGCCGUUGUCGUUCUUUGUUCGUUCGUCGAUUUUGAAAAAAAAAUUUGUUUAGCGAAUAACAGACGAACACACACUGACACACACACACUUUGCAUAUCUCUUUCGCGAAGAGGAAACGUCACCCCUACCUCUGGAUCGCAACUGUGACCAAACUUGUAAAUAACACCGUAGACCGUAUCUCUUUUUAGUAUAAGCGUUUACUCGUGCGUACGUGCGCGUACAUACAUAUGAAUGUGGAUAUAAAAUGACUCGAAUCUAUAAAUAUAAAUAGAGAAGCGCGUCGCUCCGAUCUAACCUGACGACGGUAUUUGUUCGCACUAAACUCACCCUCCUCGACGAGAAAAACUAUAUUAUGUACAUUCGAUUCUUUUUCCUCCCUCUUCUCCUUAUGAAACUUUUUAUUGUUGUACCAUUGAUACCAUUAUGUAAUUACUGUAAUUAGAACUCGCUAUUAAUACUAUUAGAAUCAUUAUUAUUAUUAUUAUUAUUAUUAUUAUUAUUAUUAUUAUUAUUAUUAU